AUGGUCGUGCACAUGGGUGCGUCUGCUCCAAACCAAGCGCACCAGCCUUCCAAACCGCCAACCACGGACCAGCAGGACACACCCGCCACGUCCGAGGCCCAGAAAAUGAACCAAGCAUUUGUUCAGGCCAUGCAGGAUGCCCUCGACAACAGCAGCAAAACCAACACUAGCACAGCCCCUGACCACAAUUCUCAUCACAUGCCCACCGCACAACAGCACCCGCAGCUGGCCGACAAUCCCACCUUGCUGACAACCAACGCCUUGCUCCAGCACCUUCAUCGCCAGCAGCAGCAGCAGCAACAGCAGCAGCAACAGCAACGGCAAGACGCAACUGCACACCUGGUGCCGUUUCAACAGCCACCGCUGUUGUUGAACCAACCACACCCGAGCUGGAUCUCUGGUUUGGCUGACCCCAGCAACUGGCACCAGGCAAACGCACACCUCCAUUCACAGCCAAUACAAGCCCCAGCCAUGCUCAACGCCCACAACGCAGCAGCCAUGAACCCAUUUACCUUUCAACAAACACAACCGCAACAACAGCAGCAGCAGCAACAACAGCAACAGCAGCACCCACCCUAUUUCACAGCCUCGCUUCAGCCACAGCCACACCAUUUCCCAGACCCGCACCAACAACAGCAGCAACGAAACCACCACCACCACCACCGUCACCACUUUGUCAGGGCGAUUGACGAAGGUCAGGCCACAGAAGAAGUGCGUGCGCGCAACCGCAUGAAGAGCCAGCGCUACCGCGACAAGAAGAAGAAUGUGUUUGAAGAAGGCAGGCAAAAGGCAGUGCACUACCACCGCUCCGCCAAGGAGUAUCGUGCACGCAUACAAUCGGCCCUCUCCUCCCUAUCCUCGCACACGGCCGUCCACGAGCCUCAAGCACACGAUGACCCGCCUGCUAAGCAAGCCAAGCUUCACGCUGAUGCCGACGCAAAACCAGCGGCCCACAUCAAGCACAGCGACACCGUCGUUGCGCAACUGCGAAAGUCCUUGCUUGAGCUCGAGCACACCCAUGGUGCUGAUCUCACCCCGACCUUCCAGGAGCCUUUUACGCGGCAGUCCUACACAGAUGCAGCAUUCCAGGAGGAUGUGAAACGCGAGGGCUUGACGUUCUCCUCUUCGCAGCUGCGGUCACGCGAGAAGAACAGGCGCAGCUCAAAGUUCUACAGAGAACAGCGCAAGCGCGAGGAAGAUGCCUGGGAGGCGUGCCGUGCUCGCUUGCACCGCUGCUCAAGCGCCUUCAAGAAGCUCUGGAAACGCGUGUCCGCCGUCGUGCGUGAGCGCGAAGAACCUCAUCGGCAUCGCAAGGGCGAUAAAGGUACGGCAAAGGUGCCAACCACAACCGCACCAGCAGCAGCAGCAGGGGCAACAGCGCCGCGAACAGCACAUGCAGCCGCAAGAACGGCCCAACAAAACACGCCGCCCCCAUCAAACCAAGCGCAGCGCCAUGAGCAGAGUCCCGCACUCGUUGCUGCUGAAGCUCAGGGGCUUGACCCUGGCGAGGGUGCCGAUGAUGACGACGACGACGACGAUGAUGAUGACGAUGAUGAUGAUGAUGCAGAUGGCGAUGGUGAGGACUGUGACCAUGCCCAUGCUGACGAAGCCGCUGCGGACAGCAGUGAUGCUCACAAACAGGAUGACUAG